AUGUUAGCUCGUUUAACAAGAAAUAUAUUCAGUACAGGACGUUUUCAAAAUGUAUUUAAUAUGCCGUUUAAAUGUGAACUUAGACGGCAAUUAAAAGUUGAACGAAAUGCUGAAGAAAAAGUAAAAAAAGCAACUACUGUACAAUCAACGAAAAAAGACGAAGCUUCUACUCAUAGAGAAAAUGAUGAUUCAGAAAUUGAUCCAAAUGAAUAUUAUAAGAUGCGAUUACAUCAUAUACAACAACUUAAAAAAGUUGGUGAAUCAGUCUAUCCACAUAAAUAUCAUGUUUCAAUAACAUCACGAGAUUUUAUUAAUAAAUAUUCUCAUUUAAAAAAUGAAGAAAUUAAUAAUGAUAUCGUAUCUAUUGCUGGACGUGUCUAUUCCAAACGUUCAUUUGGAACAAAACUUUAUUUCUAUGAUCUUCAUAAUGAUUCAGUGAAAAUUCAAAUAAUGGCAAAUAUUAAAUUUUAUCAUAAUGAAACAGAAUUUACAACUGUAAAUGAUCGUAUCCAUCGUGGUGAUAUUAUUGGUGCUAAAGGCAAACCAACACGAACAAAAAAGGGUGAAUUAAGUCUUAUACCAAGUGAAUUAGUUAUUCUAACACCAACACUUCAUCAAUUACCUAGUUUACAUUUCGGUCUUAAAGACAAGGAAACACGUUUUCGUCAACGAUAUCUUGAUUUAAUGAUCAAUGAUUCUGUUCGAGAAAAAUUUAUUAUUAAAGCAAAAAUUACUAAUUACAUUCGACAAUUUCUUAAUUCACUUAAUUUUCUUGAAGUUGAAACACCUAUGAUGAAUAUAAUUGCUGGUGGUGCAUCUGCUAAACCAUUUAUAACAUAUCAUAAUGAACUUGAUAUGAAAUUAUUUAUGCGUAUUGCACCUGAACUUUAUCUUAAAAUGUUAGUUGUCGGUGGUUUUGAUCGUGUUUAUGAAAUUGGUCGUGUCUUUCGUAAUGAAGGUAUUGAUAUGGCACAUAAUCCUGAAUUUACAAUGUGUGAAUUCUAUAUGGCAUAUGCUGAUUAUAAUGAUUUAAUGAACAUAACUGAAAAAUUAAUAUCCGGUCUUGUUAAACAUUUAUUUGGAACAUAUAAAAUAGCAUAUCAUUUAAAUGGACUUGAUCAAGCACCAGUAGAAAUUGAUUUUACACCACCAUUUAAACGUUUAAAUUUAAUGGAAGAUCUUGAAAAAGCUAUUGGUGAAAAAUUUCCACCAACUUCAGAACUUUCGACAUCGGCGACGAAUAAAUUCUUUGAUAAUCUCUGUAAGAAACAUGAUAUUGAAUGUAAAAAUCCACGAACAACAGCUCGACUUAUUGAUAAAUUGUCUGCUUAUUUUCUUGAACCUCAAUGUCUUAAUCCAACAUUUCUCUGCAAUCAUCCACAAUUGAUGACUCCUUUAGCUAAAUAUCAUCGUUCAAUACCAGGUCUUACUGAACGAUUUGAAUUAUUUAUUUGUUAUAAAGAAACAUGCAAUGCUUAUACAGAAUUAAAUGAUCCAAUCGUACAACGAGAAAUGUUUGAAUUACAAGCUAAAGAUAAAGAUGCAGGAGAUGAGGAAGCUCAAUUAAUUGAUGAAAAUUACUGUAAAGCACUUGAAUAUGGUCUUCCACCAACAGGUGGUUGGGGUUUAGGUGUUGAUCGUCUUACGAUGAUUCUUACUGAUAGUAAUAGUAUCAAAGAAGUUUUACUCUUUCCAUUAGUUAAACCAUAUAAAGAAGAUGAAGAAACUCAAAAAUCAGAAGACGUAACAAUGACAACAGCUGGAACUGCGAUGAAUUAA